AUGAAGAAAGACUUUCGAGGCAAAGCCAAGGCCAAGGCGGAUCUGAUCAAGCGGUUAGAGCAGUGCUUGGAACGAGAGGAGAAUCAGACUUGUGCGGAAUGUCCAGAACGGAACCCAACAUGGGCGUCCUUGCUGGUUCCUCCGUUGGCCCCAGACCAGGAAUCAGGAGAUAAAAAGGACAAGAAGGACAAGAAGGAUAAGAAGGUCAAGGCUAAGCACGUUAUGAUGGGGGUCUUUUGCUGUUACAAGUGUUGCAGCUACCACUUUCAGUUGGGAAGACAAGUGUGUGAAGUCAAGAACAUCAAGGUGGCGGAGGAGUGGAACUCAGAUGAAGUCAAAUGCAUGGAACUCAGUGGCAAUGGCAUGGUCAACACCAUUUACGAAGCCAGCAUGGUGCCUGAAGAGAAGAUCAUUGGUGCGUCAGCAGACAAAUGGAAGGAGCAGGAGCUGCGCUCCGCAUUUGUCAAGAAAAAGUACGAGGAUCGAGCUUUCUUCAAUGAGAAUGCCUACAAGGGACAAAUCAAGUUGCGUGGUGACCCGGAACACGAACGAAUGCUCCUCAUGUCGCUCAACCUGAUGAGCCAAGGCGCUGCCAAAGAGGAAGAGGAAAUUGCCGCUGAUACGAAGAUUACGAAAAAUUUCUCGGAUCCCAACCUCUUGUCGAUUCGUAAACGUGGCCCACGAGUAGCUAGUAUGACGGGAAGCAGAUCAAGCUUUAUCAUGAAGCUCAAGCAGCCGCGCAAAUCUGCAGGAGACUUGACCAAGUUGGAAAAAGAGAACGACUGCGACGAAAGCAACCAGGCAAAGCUCGGACGAAAAUACGAUUUGGGUUUUGCGAGUCCGGGCAAAAUUGCUUCGCUUGAUAAAGGGCUUGGUUUGGGCCUCGGAUCGAACGAAGGAGGCAAUCAGAAGGAGUCUGCUUUAGGCUUCGGCGCUACCCCCGAUGUCGCUGACCUUGGCUACGGCGAGGACGAUUUGGGCUAUGGCGCUGCUACCCCUCAUGACAAUGACGGCAUCGCACAGGCGCUGGCGCGUCGAGCCGUGGGCCGUCGCAACUCUCUUGGUGGACGAAGAGGAUCCGUCGGUGGACGCGGAUCCAUCGGUGGAGCAGCAACAAACGUUAGCGAGAAGACCCCAACACGCAAAAAGCUCAGGCAUCGCUCCUUGAGUCAUUUGGGAGCUGACGACAGUGAUGAUGACAGUGAUAGCAAGCCAGAAAAGGGACCUCCCCGCCGUCGCAAGCUCAGGCACCGUUCCAUGAGCCAUUUGGGAGAGGAGGACAGUGAUGAUGACAGCGAUGACAAGCCCGAAAAGGGACCCCCCCGCCGCCGCAAACUCAGGCACCGUUCCAUGAGCCAUUUGGGAGAGGACAGUGAUGACGAUGAUGUCAGCAUGGACGAAGGCAACAAACCGGCUAGACGAAGCACACCUCGCCGCUCAGAAUCCAACCCACGUCGCAAACUCCGAAACCGUUCCAUAGGCCACGGUGCAGGCUGCGAUACCACUGAUGAUGAAGAGAACGCAUCUGCUCAGCCUCGUCGUAAGCUUCGAGGGAAGACUAUGAGUAUUGACGACGUGCCUGCACGGCCUGCACGUAUCUCUAGGAACCAGUCUACGGGAAGUUUGCCCUCGAACGACAAGAUUGCCAUGCCUCCUAGGAUGAAGGCAAGGAAUCGAUCAACUGGCUCCCUGAACGGAAAGGACACCAAGACUAGCGAGGAGCGGAAGGAUGCGACCGGUGCGUCAUUGCUCCGAAGGGCUAGGUCGGGGCGCUCAGUUAGCUCCCUUAGCUCCAAGGAUGGCGAGCCAGAGAUGGAAAGGACCGGUUCGUCAGUGCUUCAAAGGGCGAGGUCGAGGCGCGCAAUGGUUAGCUCCCUUAGCUCCCGGAACCUGAAGGGCGAUGAGCUCGGUGGUGCCAACUCUUUGCAUACCAAAAUGCCGAGCAAAAAUGAACCCGAGGAAGGUCUCAGCCGAGAUUCAGGUCACCGACGGCGUACGCCUCGUCGAACUGCCUCGUUGGGGGCUGGCCUUGUCAAGCAUCGUUCCAGCAGUGGGUCUCCCAGCAAAGGUGAGACGAACUCAAGGCCAAGGCGACAACCACGUGGGCCACCUGGUAGUGGUGAUGCUACUCCCGACAAAGAACAAGUGGAAGAGUCGAACGCUGCGUCUCCUUCCAAAAAUAUCUCAAAGCCCAGACGUCAGCGACAUGCCUCCGUUGAUUCCACGCAAUCACCAACAAGAACUUCCAGCAAGAGAGGACCCACAAGGAAGAAAGAAGGGUCCGACGACACUGCUGGAACAUCUGAUGAAGGGGACAAGACAAGGAGCAAAUCACCGAGGCGACGAUCUGCAGCAGACACUGUGUCGAAGGCCAUGGCAGCGGACAAGAUGAGGAGUAAAUCACCGAAGCGGCGAUCUACCACAGACCUUAUGAAGAAGGCAUUGGGUUCUGAAGCGGACAAGACAAGGAGCAAAUCGCCAACAAGACGACGAUCUGCAGGAGACAAGGUGCCGAAGGCCAAAGGUUCAGAUGAAUCCGACAAAGUCACAAGGACUGACUCCAAGUCGAGAUCUAGAAGAAGCCGUCAUGGGUCUGUGGGCCGUGCAGAGGCUUCUCGUUGCAGUUUGUCAGCAGCUGACAAAACGCAUGAGCCCCAGCCUGACCCGGUUCGUUUGGCUUUAGAGAGGGCAACUGCUGCAAAGGAAGCCCGCGUUGAAGAGCACAACCUUCGAGCUGGUCACUGCUCCCUCGGAGGAGAAAGUGUAGUCCCAGCGGUGUUGCCUGUCAAAAGCAACUAGUUACUACCAGCCAGAGUAGCUCACUAGUAAAAGAUAAAAGAUUAGAUUACAUGAAACAUAAAAGAACAAGCUUGUGUGACGGAU